UUUGUAAUAAAUCAUCACGGAUGUUUGAAACUAUUCAAGAACAACUGAUGAGCUUUCGACAUAAUGACCCAAAUAAUAUUGCAAACGCGAAUUGCAACGAGUCGACAUUUGGAAACGAAGCAUCAAAUGAAGAUCUUGUAAUUAUGAAGCAACAAAUGAAGAAACUAGUAGAAACGUGUCAGACAGGAUUAGAUGACCAAGUUAGCCGCAUAGCAGAAGAUUGCAGCAGACAUUCGGAUGGAGCUCAUACAAUAACCACCAAGAAUGGUAGAUUUUUUCUUGCAAGAUGUGAAGCUGGUUGGCUUAUCCUUGCACAUCGUUUUGAUGGGAGUGUGGACUUCAACCUGGAUUGGGCAGCUUACAAACAGGGCUUUGGUGAUAUCAUGAAAGAACACUUCAUAGGAAUGGACAGCAUUGUUUCUGUAUUGCAACAAAAGAGAUACAAAGCUAGGUUUGAGCUUACAACAUGGGAGAAUGAGACACGAUAUGCAGAAUAUAAAACCUUUAACAUUAAUGAUGAAAAUGACAAAUACAGGUUAAAUAUUGAUGGGUACAGUGGUACAGCAGGUGAUUCUACAGACUGGAUUCUAUGCUAUAUUCGAAUCAUGUUCAAUUCUCCACAAAGGAAUCUGAUAACGAUGGUUCUAGUACUUCUAAUUGUGCUGUCACUUAUCGUGGACCUUAUUGGUAUGGAAACGGUUGUAAUGGUUCACAUGACUCUGUCUUUGGCAAAUACAUAA